GUGGUAUAUUGGAGUUUAGGGAACUGAGUGUGAACAUGUCGGCGGGAAGUGAGAUGAGCGGCCCGGUUUCCCCGGCGCCGUCCAUGCCGGUCUGUGUGGCUCUGGGUCUGGUCUCCUUGCUGUGCUUCGUGGCCGGGUUCGGUACCGGGGCGGAGUUCGUGCGUUUCCUGUCAUUCGGGGCUCUGUUGAGGAACAUCAGCGAAGGGCAGGAGGGUGAGUCCCCCCUGCUGUGGCGAGACGCUAUCGGAGACUCUCACUUCCUGCGCUGUCUUGGGAUAAAUAUGGCCUUGCUCCUUGUAUUCGUUUCCCAGCACAGCCUCAUGGCCUGGUCUCCAUUAAAGGAGGGGGUGACUCGGGUGUUUGGUGUUCUUCAGCGCUCCGUUUAUAUACUGUGCACGGCCCUCUCCCUCCAGAUCAUGAUGAGAUACUGGCAGUCCUUCCCACGCGGUCCCUUCCUGUGGAAUGUCCCCACCGGUCAAUGGAGUGCAUUAUUCCCUGUCAUCUGUGCGCUGCUACACACCAUAUCAUGGCUGCUCAUUUUCAGUGUCCUCCUUGUCUUUGAUUACGCAGAGCUCAUGGGCAUUAAGCAGGUGUAUUACCACUGCUUUGGAAUGGGCGACCCCUUGUCUCAUAAGUCGCCCCGUGCUGCCCGUCUGUAUGCCCACCUCAGGCACCCCGUCUUUCUGGAAUUGCUUGUGAUCCUGUGGGUGGUCCCCUCCCUUCCACCCGAUCGCCUUCUCCUGGCCUCCGCCCUCACGCUGUACGUCUGUUGUGUUCAUCGACUGGACGUUAAAGACUACACCUACCUCCGCUCCCAGCUGGAGAAGAAGUUCUCACUGUUCACCCGAGAGGAAGCAAAUGCUGAUCAGGAAUCGUUAUGGAAGAAGGACUGAGAGGAUGGCUUUGUAAUUUGGCUUUU